AAUUGGACGACAGAAGAUGAAUCUGUUGCUUGUCGUGGUUUCGUCUUUAAUUUUAUUAGUCUACAGCCUUCCUCCAUCAAAAUUUAAAAAGUACGACGGAUACCAGGUAUUCCAAGUGAUUUUUGAGCCGCAUGAUAAUACAACAGCAUUGACGGAAUACGCAAAAGGCAAACAGAAGGGGGUACAUGUGUGGAAAAUAGACUACCUACGCGGUGCUUCAGAAGUGGCUGUUUCUCCCCAACGAUAUACAGAUGUGAGACUUGAAUUUGAAUCAGAUCAGUUGGAUAAUUUUAACAUUGUAUGUGUUAAUCUUUCGGAAAAUAUACAGGAAAAUUUAGGAAAUGCUGCACCUUAGGUGAAUUUCCUAUUUGCAUUGUGAUAUAAAGAGAUAAAAGUGCUUAAGUAGGA